AGGAAUAUAUUGACAUUCUUAUUGUGUACAGACUGUAUUAUAAUUCUAUUGGUGAUUGGAUUUAUAUUGGAUUUAUUACUUCGUACUGAAGGUGUGCCUAUAUUGGCAGAAUAUAUGAAGAUACAGAUACAGAUACAGAUACAGAUGAACAAAACAGUAAAUUCACGUCUUACAACAGAGUCAAACUGUAAAUUCACGUCUUACAACAGAGUCAAACAGUAAAUUCACGUCUGAGGAUCUAGGAGUUUUUGUUUGAAGUAUUGGAAAUUGUCUGCUAUCAAUGAAUAUGGAAGAAGAUAUCUUGAAAACCAAUGAUACAGCAACAGAAAUGGAAUACUCUGAUGUUGAUGGAAGUGAAUAUAAUGUUAUAUUCAAUAAUGACAAUGAGGGUCUAUCGUCAAAAUGUCCUGGCAGGCCUCCAGGAGCUAAACAUAAACUCAAAGAUGAACAGCUGUUAUCCCUUAAGAAAAGGUACUUAGGACCUGGAAGCCCAAAGAAAGAAAAAAAAGGAAGAGGAAGACCCCUCAAAUCUUUAAAGUUGCAAAAAAAGGAAUCACCUACUGCUACGAAACCAGGUGGUAGACCUAAAGGUUCUGGGAAGAAGUAUGAUGGGAAUAAAACAAGUCUUGGCAAGGGAGAUGUUAGUUACACAGAAACUGUGGAAAAUAUUGUAGAAGAACAAUCUGACAGUGAAAUUGAAUAUAUGUUGGAUGAAGAAGAAUUGCCAGUUAAAAAAGGCAGAGGGAGACCUAAAAAAAAUAGUUAUGAGGAGGAUGAAUUACAGUUAUUAAAGAGAAGCCCUGGGAGACCUCUGAAAUCUACUUAUGGGGAGGAAGAAGUACAUUCAGUUAGGAAAGGUCCUGGGAGACCUCCGAAAAAUGCUAAUGAGGAAUAUCAGGUACAUGCGGUCAAAAGAAGUCCUGGAAGACCUCGGAAAAAUCCAUAUAAGAAGAAAAAUGUUAGUUACAGAGAGGAUGUUGAUUUUAGUAUAGAAGAACAAUCUAACAGUGAAAAUGAAUAUAUGUUGGAGGAGGAAAAAUUGCAGUCUGUAAGGAAAAGUCCUGGGAGAUCUCCUAAGCAAGCUUUUAAUAACAUAGAGGAAGUUGAAGAUAUUCAUGAAGUAGAACAAUCUGACAGUGAAAAUGAAUUUAUGUUGGAGGAGGAAGAAGAACAGCCAGUAAAAAAAGGCAGAGGUAGACCUAGAAAAAUAAGGGAUGAGGAGGGUGAAGUACAGUUAUUAAAGAGAAGCCCUGGGAGACCUCUGAUAUUUACUUAUGGGGAGGAAAAAGUACAUUCAGUUAGAAAAGGUCCUGGGAGACCACUGAAAAAUGCUAUUGAGGAAUAUCAGGUACAUGUGGUGAAAAGAGGUUGUGGGAGACCUCCGAAAAGUCCAUAUGAAAAACAAGAUGUUAGUUACACAGAGGAUGUUGAUUUUAGUAUAGAAGAACAAUCUGACAGUGAAAAUGAAUAUAUGUCAGAGGAGGAAGAAGAACAGCCAAUAAGAAAAAGCAGAGGGAGACCUAAAAAAAUAAGGGAGAAGAAGGAUAAAGUUCAGCCAAAGAGAAGCCAUGGAAGUCCUCUGAAAUUUAAUUAUGGAAAAGACAAAGCUCAGUCAGCACGGAAAAGUCCUAGGAGAUCUUCAAAGCAAGUUGUUAAUUACACAGAGUAUUUUGAUGUUAGUAUAGAAGACCAAUCUGACAGUGAAAAUGAAUAUAUGUUGGAUGAGGAAAAAGAACAAUCUGAUAGUGAAAAUGAAUAUAUGUUGGAAGAGGAAAAAGAACAGCCAGUAAAAAAAGGCAGAGGGAGACCUAAAAAAAUAAGGUAUGAGGAGGAUGAAGAACAUCCAAUAAGGAGAAGCCAAGGGAGACUGUCAAAGUCUUCUUAUCAUGAGGAGAAAGUACAGUCAGCAAGGAGAAGUCCUUGGAGAUCUUCAAAGCAAGAUGUUAAUUACAUAGAGGAUAUUGAAAAUAUAGAUGAACAAUCUGACAGCGAAAGUGAAUAUUUGUUGGAGGAGGAAGAAGAACAGCCAAUAAAGAGAAGCCAAGGGAGACCGCCAAAAUCUUCUUAUCGGGAGGACAAUAUACAGUCAGCAAGGAGAAGAAUUGGGAGAUCUCAAAAGCAUGCUAUUAAUUACACAGAGAAUAUUAAUGCUAGUAUAGAAGAACAAUCUGACAGUGAAUAUGAAUACAUGUUGGAAGAGGAAGAAGAUCAGCCACUAAAAAAAGGUAGAGGGCCUAAAAAAAUAAGGGAUGAGGAAGAGGAAGUACAGCCAGUUAAAAAAGGCAGAGGGAGACCUAAAAAAAUAAGGGAUGAGGAGGAGGAAGAACAACCAGUUAAAAAAGGUAGAGGGAGACCUAAAAAAAUUAGUUAUGAGGAGGAUGAAGUACAGUUAUUAAAGAGAAGCCCUGGGAGACCUCUGAAAUCUACUUAUGGGGAGGAAGAAGUACAUUCAGUUAGGAAAGGUCCUGGGAGACCUCCAAAAAUUACUUAUGAGGAAUAUCAGGUACAUGCGAUGAAAAGAAGUCCUGGAAGACCUCGGAAAAAUCCAUAUGAGAAACAAGAUGUUAGUUACACAGAGUAUUUUGAUUUUAGUAUAGAAGAACAAUCUGACAGUGAAAAUGAAUAUAUGUCAGAGGAGGAAAAAUUGCAGUCAGUAAGGAAAAGUCCUGGGAGAUCUCCUAAGCAAGCUGUUAAUAACAAAGAGGAAGUUGAAGAUAUUCAUGUAGUAGAACAAUCUGACAGUGAAAAUGAGUUUAUGUUGGAGGAGGCAAAACUGCCAGUAAAAAAAGGCAGAAGGAGACCUAAAAAAAUAAGAGAUGAGGAGGAGGAAGUACAGCCAAUAAAAAGAAGCCGCGGGAGACCUCUGAAAUCUACUUACUGUGAGCCAAAAGUGCAGUCAGUAAGGAGAAGUCUUGGCAGAUCUCAAAAGCAAGCAGUUGAUUACACAGAGGAUAUUGAAGAUAUAAAAGAACAAUCUGACAGUGAAAAUGAAUUUAUGUUGGAGGAGGAAGAAGAACAGCCAGUAAAAAAAGGCAGAGGGAGACCUAAAAAAAAUAGUUAUGAGGAGGAUGAAGUACAGUUAUUAAAGAGAAGCCCUGGGAGACCUCUGAAAUCUACUGACGGGGAGAAAAGGGUACAGUCAGCAAGGAGAAGUCUUGGGAGAUCUCCAAAGCAAGCUGUUAAUUACACAGAGGAUGCCGAAGAUAUAGAUGAACAAUCUGACAGUGAAAAUGAAUAUAUGUCAGAAGAGAAAGAACAGCCAGUAAGAGAAGGCUGUGAGAGACCUAAGAAAAUAAGGAGUGAGGAGGAGGAAGUGCAGCCAAUAAAGAGAAGCUGUAGGAGUCCUCUGAAAUGGACUUAUGGAGAUGACAAAGCACAGUUAGUAAGGAAAAGUCUUGGGAGAUCUCCAAAGCAAGCGGUUGAUUACACAGAGUAUUUUGAUGUUAGUAUAGAAGAACAAUCUGACAGUGAAAAUGAAUAUAUGUUGAAGGAAGAAGUAGGGCUAGUAAAAAAAAGCAGAGGGAGACCUAAAAAUAUAAGUGAUGAGGAGGAUGACUCAAUUAUCAUUGAUGAGGAGGAUGAAGUACAGCCAGUUAAAAAAGGCAAAGGAAGACCUAAAAAAAAAUAUGAUGAGGAAGAUGUUCAUCCAAUAAAGAGAAGCUGUGGGCGACCUCCAAAAUCUACUGAUGGGGUGGAAGAAGUACAUUCAGUAUGGAAAGGUCCUGGGAGACCUCCAAACAGUACUAAUUCCUCUGUGAUGAGAAAGAGAGGUCAACCAUCUGCAUCUGAAAGUAUGAAAUUUAGAUUGAGUAUUUCAGGAGAAAGAAUUCCACGGAAUAAUGAAAAUGAGAAGAGUGAAGAUCAUGAAAAGAGAAGCCCUAGCAGACCAAAAAAAACUGAUGUAUUAUGUGCUAAAAAAGCAUUAGAUAAAAAUGAUUUAUACCAUUCAGAAAAAAGGGUUAGAGGAAGACCUAAAAAAUCUGAGAGGAAGCAUACUGGCAGACCAAAGAAAAUUACCAGUUUUAUAAGUAACUUUCCUCAAGAUGACAGUUCUGCAUCUGAAGAAGUUUUAAAACGUGGUCGAGGGAGACCUAUAAAAGUAACUAAUAGUAAAGAUCUGACUAGUGAGGUUGACUUUGAACAAAGCAAACACUCUCCCAGUAAAUCAAACAUAAUUCAACAUGGAGUAAUCAAAAGAGGUCCUGGUCGACCUAAAAAGGUGACCCCAACCUUGGAUAUGACAUGUGAGAAGGAGGAUGGAACAGGUAUUGAUGGUUUUGAUCAAUCGAGGGAAUAUUCAAUAGAUGUGUUGUGUAAUGGUUCAUUAGUCACAGAAGAUUAGGAUGUAACAGCAACACAUGCUCCAGAUUUAACAGAGGUGUCCAUUUCCUAGGCCAUGCAUUUGGACAAAACAGGCAAGGCAGCUAAAGGUGGAAUAGAACUCCUUGUGUACUCAGCAAUGUAAUAUUUUUUGUGUUUGUUGAGAUUGUUAUAGUAUUUUAAUACAUGUAUACACAUAUGUUAUGUGAUAAAUCAGUAAUGCUGCUCUAUUUUGAAAUGCCAUUGGGCAACAUUUUGGGUAAGACCCCAUGCCACUACCCAUAAUUUUAUUUUUAUUUGUAACAGAAUUAUAUUGGCCUCCACCCUUAAUUACAAUAUUGUUUUUUAACAUCAAGUUACAUUUGGGAUAAUUGAAAAUAAGACAUUAUAAAUUUUGUGGAUUAUAAGAUGACAUGAACUAUUAAAAUCUAUUUAUAUUUUUGUA